UCAAUCUGAACUGAGCUGUUUGUUCUCCUAUCCUCCAUUUAUCUUCUUCAUCUACUCUUCCCUUCUAUAAUGGAUCUGUGCACUAUUGUGAUCAUCGCAGCUUAUUCACUUGCGUCUACAGUCCAAGCAAAUGACAGUAUCACAACUACAGGCAGCCCCAUGAAGAAUAAUACCAGUCCCACUCCCUGUUCCUGCUCAAAAGUAACUCAAGCUACCCCCACUUCCAGCUCCAGCAGCCUCAACCUCAUCCUGGGCAUCCUCAACGUUACAUGGAAAAAUAAUUGUGAAGGUACUAUCCACCUGUUCCCAUAUCCUACCUUCAACAGCUCUCCCCUGCCAGUCUGUUCCAUGGAGGACGGCCGAGUCCAGACGAUGUUGGGAGAGGUGUGUCAGCAUAAGAGGGGCUGUAAAAAUAAGACAAUGUGGAAGCUUGCCAAAGAGGAACUGGUGGAUGGUUACAACAUUACAGAGAAGGGAGCGAGCAAAACGACCCGCUGCCAGAAACUUCAGGUGCACUGUGAAGUUGAGAAGCUCCCGGAUUUGCAGGGGGAGCUGAGUGCCUACAAGGCGGUGACAGCUUUGCUCAGCAUCGUACUCCUGAUCUUAUUAUUGAUGCGCUUUACGAGGCCCACAGUUGCAGCCCUGCAGAAGAGAUUAUCAGACAGGAGGCAGCAUCACUGGGUUGGACCCACACAAAGUCACAGUGUCUCCUACCAUCGAGGGAAAAGUGCAGUUAAGAAUGAUGAUGAUGAAGAGAAGAGAUUUUCAUACCCAGCUCUGGAGCGCCUGACAGUGGGUGACAGCAGCCCUUCAUGUAACAGAAACUUCUAUAACUUCUAGCCUGCAGGGUCCUCCACCUUCAUAUCCACGACUGUCUUUCUCUGCAUGUUGAGGAUCAGUAUUCUAAUGUGAAGCUCUGGAUUGUAGCUUUGUGUAGACUUCCUGCCUGUGCUUCUCAUGAAAAUAUAUUACUAUGAUUUGCAUCAAACACAAACAUCUUACAGUCAUCAGUCCAUCUGAGUCUCACAUCACUUCUUUGUCCUCGGAGCAAUAAAAUCACUGGUCACCAGGUAAAGGCUGUGGAGUUGUUGGGUCAGGAGUGUGUCAGGUGGCUGAGGGGCUUCCCCAGGGCAGCACUGAUGUUACAAUUUAUUUCAUAGUAUAGUUUUAUUCUGUUUGUAAAUUGGAUCUGUUUGUCUUGUAAAGUACUUUGAGAUGACAUUUGGUGUGAU